AUGAAUAAUAGUUGUGAUUUAGAAUUAAAAUCAUAAAUAUUAUAAUUGUAAAAUGAUAAAGAUAGGAUUAAAAAUUAGUAUUAAAUUGAGAUUCUCGAAAUGAAUACGAAAAUCUAAGAACUAGAAACUAAGCUACAAAUACAAAAGGAGGAAUAAAUGAAAUUAAAACAAGAAAAUUUAUAAUUGGAAAAUCAUCUUUCUAAAAUUGAUAGUAAAAUAGUUGAAACAAAUCCUAAAGAAUAAUGUUGUUGUUUGCAUUAAAAAUAAUAAAAUAAUAAAAAAAAAAUUUAAUAUCUGAUAGAAAAGCUAAAUGUUAAAUCAACAUAAAAUGCUAAAUUGCACUAUGAAUUAAUUAAAUUAUAAAAUAAUGUAAUAUUGGUUUAAAUUAAUAGGUUGAAUUGCUUGAAACUCAAACAAUUCUUCAAUCAAAUAAUAAUAAAUAAAUAAUAAAGCAAGAUAAAUAAUCCAUCAGUGAUGUUUAUUAAUAUUUAGAUAGAGAAGUUCAAGCUCCAAUUUAAAUUUAAAAUAAAAUUGAAAAUAUAAAGACUAGUAUGGUGAUGUAAUAGAAAUAAUCACUUUCUAACUAAAGCAUAAAUCAUUCAUAAUCAGAUUAAAAUAAGAAUAUGAACUUGUAUUUCUUCUACUAAACAAAAUCUUAGUUCAACUUUAAUUACUCCUUAAGCCAAGAAAAAUAAUGUAUCUAAUUCAAUUCACAAAAACUUGACUUUACAUUAAGCUAAAACUGUUAAUUUUAAAGAGGACAUUAUUUAAUAAACUAGAAAAAUACAGUAUAAUUUUUUAAUUUAAAUUAGAAGCACUAAAAAUUCAAUAUCUAUAGGAGAAUUAAAUAUUUUUAAGCAAGACUAAAGAAAUUAUUAAAACAUUUUAUAGAAAAUGAUGAAAAAGGAAUCUUUAUAUUCACCUGGAAAAUAAAUUCAUGCAACCUAAAAAUUUAAGGAGGUUUUAGAUUCUAAAUUAAAUAAUAUAUCUGAUAAACAAAAAUCAUAUUGUAGCUUAUUAUUUUCUGGAAGGGAUUUUUAUAUAACUAGAAAUGGGAAUGCAUAUCCUAGAUAAAAUUCUCUUCAUAUUAAUGAAGAUAGAUAAUAUAAGUCUAAGUAAUAAUUUAUUAAUUAACUUUUAAAUAGAUUAUUUUCUUAAAAACUACAUUUAAAUUCAAGAAAGUAAUCAGAGACUAUAAAAUCUGAAGAGUCUUAAAAAUUAUGCACUGAUUAAAACAAAUAUUAAAAUUUAUUCGAAUGCAUAAAUUAUAAAAAGAAAGGUAAAAUUAAAUUCAAUCUAGAUAUUUUUUAAAUGAUGAAAGACAUUCAUAAUCAAAAUAUUCGAAGUAGUUAUGCAGAUAAUAAUUAUUAGUUUCAGGAAAAAUAAAUUAUAAAAAAAAAUUCAAUGCAAAAUAUGAAUAGUAAUAUAAUCUUCAUUAGUAGAAGUACAAAGUGUUUUGACGAAGAAACUAAAAAAAAUAUAAAAUAUAUUUUUGUUUUAAAUAAUGUUUAAUUACUUCUAUCUUUGAAUUUCUCAUAUAAAUCAUAUUAAUUUAAGGAUAAUGUGUUCAAUUUGUAGAUAUAUAAAGAGAAUGUUAUUAUUUAUUAAAAAAAUUUAAUUAUUUUUGCUAAAUAUUGCAUUUUAAUGAAAUGA